GCUUCCGGCAGUUUGUACGUCCUGAUAAUAUUUAACGAGAAGGCGAGAGGCGUCGGAACACCACAGCUAAACUCAGCAUUUUAAUGCCAAAAUGGGCGCUUGUCUGGCCUUGUGCUCUUUAGCCAGCUGUGCCUCCUGUCUGUGUGGCUCAGCACCGUGCCUUCUGUGUGGGUGCUGUCCCUCCUCUAAUAACUCCACCGUCACACGGCUGGUUUUCUCCUUCUUCUUGCUGCUGGGGACCUUGGUGUCGGUCAUCAUGAUCCUUCCUGGAAUGGAGACAGAGCUUCGCAAAAUCCCAGGAUUUUGCCAUGGAGGAACUGCUAUACCUGGCGUUGAAAACGUGGCCAACUGUGAUGUUCUUGUGGGCUACAAGUCUGUAUACCGUAUGUGCUUCGCCAUGACCUGCUUCUUCUUUCUCUUCUCCGCCAUUAUGAUCGGUGUCCGUAGCAGCAAAGACCCACGUGCAGCUAUUCAAAAUGGGUUCUGGUUCUUUAAGUUUCUGAUCCUGGUGGGAAUAACAGUGGGAGCUUUUUUCAUCCCUGACGGAACAUUUCACACUGUGUGGUUUUACUUUGGAGUCGUGGGAUCCUUCAUUUUCAUUCUCAUCCAACUAAUUCUCCUCAUCGACUUUGCCCAUUCCUGGAAUAAGGUGUGGGUAGAAAAUGCUGAAAAUAGCGACAACAAAUGCUGGUUUGCAGGUCUACUGACUUUCACCUUCCUCCACUAUGCCCUGGCUAUCACUGCUGUGGUGCUUUUCUACAUUUACUACACACAGUCUGAUGACUGCACAGAGCACAAGGUCUUCAUCAGCCUCAACCUUAUCUUCUGCGUCAUCAUCUCCAUCGUCUCCAUCCUACCCAAGAUACAGGAAGCCCAGCCUCACUCCGGUUUACUCCAGGCUUCACUCAUCUCCCUCUACACCAUGUAUGUCACUUGGUCUGCAAUGACCAACAAUCCAAAUCGGAAGUGUAACCCCAGCCUAUUGGGUCUAGUGUCGAACGUUAGCACCACUGAACCAUCUGGUGACAGCACACCAGGACAGGUGCAGUGGUGGGAUGCUCAGGGCAUUGUUGGUUUGGUCAUCUUCCUCUUCUGCACUCUCUAUGCCAGUAUCCGUUCGUCCAGUAACACCCAGGUAAACAAGCUGAUGCAGACAGAGGAGGGCGGAGGUUCAGGUGGAGAGGCCGUAGUGGGAGAAGACGGUAUACGCAGAGCUGUGGACAAUGAGGAGGAGGGAGUCACCUACAGCUACUCCUUUUUCCACUUCCACCUCUGUCUAGCCUCUCUGUACAUCAUGAUGACCCUCACCAACUGGUACAAACCAGACACAACCACCCAGGCCAUGCAGAGCAGUAUGCCAGCUGUGUGGGUGAAGAUGAGCUCCAGCUGGCUGGGCCUUGGGCUCUACCUCUGGACCCUCAUCGCCCCCCUCAUCUUCCCUGACAGGGAUUUCAGCUGAGCACGCCUUGUCUUUUGGCAAUAUUUGGUCCUCUUUUUUGGGGGUUUUUUGUUUGUUUGUUUUUUUUGCCUAGUGUAUUUGGCAGUGUGAAGAAUGCUAUAAAGGAAAUAGGAAGGAUCUUAUAAAGGAAAUACUUUAAAUUUCUUUUUCAAAUACUUGCUUUUGCAAUUAUGUUUCUAUUGUUUUACUUCUCUUGGUAUGUUUAUUGAGUGUUGUAAUCUCUACAGAUGUUUGAAGGUGUAAGUGGAAUUUUUUUGUUAGUCUGUUGAUGAUGGUUUUAACCACAAGAAGUUAUUUUCUUUGCCAGUGAUGCACCUUGAUAGGCUACUCCCUACCUUCUGCUGGAUGUGGUACGGUUGUGUAAGCUUCAUUAUAUUUUUGCAGAAUUUUAGUUAACUGGACUAUCACAAAGACUCAGCAACAAGGCACUUUCUCAAUACCUCAGAUGUUUCAGUUACAGAUUCCUUCCCCUUCGAAGGCCUGCAAGAUCAGACCUCUCUGGUCUGGAGUACCCCUGAUUAGCUGGACUGUCAUAGUGUGGGGGGAACCAGGGUAGCCCUCCUUAGGAGCCCCAGAACGAGGUGAGUGUGAGAGCUAGAUAAGACUAAUAUGACACACCCCGCAGAUCAUAACAGGGCUUCCCCUUUGCUGCUAGGCUGUAUGCAAAUCCACGUCAUUGCACCUUGAGCCAGAGAGUCAACCAGUCUAAUCUCAGCUCUUCCUCGCCUACUUCAGUCCAAGGUAAUUUAUCUCUGGUGCUAUUCCUCUACAUGUCUGACUGUGUUCAGCCUUGUACAGCCACGGGCAACAAUCUGUACAUGUACUGCAGCCUGUUUGCAGCAGGGAGACAUGUAUUGAUCCACAGCAGUCAGCAUCAUGCAAUGUGCAGUGGUACGGUUCAGGAGGUGAUAGCGUGAACUCCAUACUACCUGUGCUCUCACAAAUGCCAUUAUUUCCAGAAUGUUGCAGAGCGUGUUAUUCAAUUUAGGGAAAAAAGGGAAUUUUAAAUGUUGCAAUGUACAAAACAAUAACAAAGCAUUUCAGAAAUGAUAAAUUGCUGUUAAAUGAUAUUGACUUUCAUAGUAUGUCAAUGGUUGUAAUGGUGGUACAGUAAAUUUAUGCAUUAUAUAGUAGUUACCUCAAUUUCAAUAUGACUGGAUUGAGUUAAAAUAAGAUCAGUAUAUUUUGUACUUGUGAAAAAUGAUUUUGGUACAAUCCUGAAAAUGUUAUCCUUUGUCUAUGUCAUGUUCUUUUCCAACAUUUCAACACCCACACACACACAUGAAUCAGACACUCUCUCUGGCUGCAUGUGAAUAUUGUGAAUGGAGGUUUUCAAAGUGUUGUGAUAAAUUGAUUUUUUAAAAAUAUUAAUUUUGUUUACCAAACAUGUUAAAUGUAAUUUACAUUUAGCCAUUAAUACCCUAAUAAGGAAAUUACUUAGAUUUGCCAGUGUAAGAUAAUAACAUGUAACAUUUCAGAACACUAUUAAGUGCCUUUUUGUAGUCCCGCGUUUCAAAAACAGUUUACCACUAAUAACGACAUGUGCUUAUUAUGCCUUGCCUAACACAGUGUGGUGAGUCAGUCAUUGCAUGCCAUAAGGUAUAGGCUUAUGGCAUGAAUUAAUAUUGUAAUUAAUGUAUAAACAUUGUUUUUAAUAAAGAUGAAAAAGUUUCACUCA